GUCCAAGUUAGCUGAUUUUGAUUCUACCGUUGAUCCUGAUGCUAUAAAAAUCAUAGUCCAUAAUAGAAAUUCUCCACAUUAUUCUCGAUCAACUGUAUAGCAUCAUCUAAAAACAUAUUCAAUGGUCAUACCUGUUUCGAAUUCAUUUCGUACUUGCGAAUGACUUUGACGGCAACGUCUUCUUGAAGAUCGAAGGAAUACGCUUUAUAUACCUUGCUAUAGGCUCCACUAUAUGUCACCGUUAAUGCCCUGGCUCUUUUACACGACACCGAAUAAUCCACUUACUCUCCCAGCUUUUCCUUCACUUGAAACCUUUCAAGUCCAGGAAACUCCGUAGAAUUAGAAGAAGGUUCAUUUGUUUUAUGACUUUGCUGGCUGACUGUACCACCGGACUUUUCCGAACCUGAAGUUUUACUGCCCUUCCUUCGUUCUUUAGACGAUUUGACGGAUUUUAUGAAUUUACGAAAUCCCUAAUACAAUGCAGUUAGUUAAUUGUUUAUGAUUUAUUUUCUUACAGUCAAAAUUGACAUUCUGUCAUUUGAUAUUUGUUGUUGGUAAGAGCGGACUUCAACCCAUAUUAAAUCGGUCUUAUUUCGACUGCUUCAAUUAUAACCAGAAAGGACCGCUAAACUCUUAUAGAUAAAUCUAUGAAACUCUUAUUUUAUUGAUAUGCGUGGAUGACUGACAAGGAUUUUUAACUGAGAGGAUUAAUUCAGCGUGACAAAUAAUUAUAUAAACAACGAUUUUAUAAAUUGGAUUCAUUGCAACGAUGACUUCGACUCGCUGGGAAACAGUAGUAAGCGCUGAUACUCAAAUACAGACCAUACAAGCAUUGGUGGAAGAGUACGACAAACUUGUAAUAGCUACAAGGCCUGUUUGGAAAGAGCAGUUGCGAUACGUGAUUAGUUUGGGAUUAUUCCUAAAAAACCGUAAAGGAAAUGCAUGGUUGUAUUUAUUAAUGCUCUGGAAAGUAAUCUCAGCUUCGCUUUCUCAAAGCACAAACAGUCUAAUUCGAAAAAUUGAACGCGCAGGUAAUGGGUUGUUCACUCUUAUCGCCGUGCUUAAAGCUCUUCUUGCUUUUAAUGGACAAAACACUUAUACCAAUAUGUUUCAAAGUUCACUGAGUACUGAAAAUAUACUUCCAGACCUCGACACUCAUCAAGAAGGCUCCACAGGUGCAAAUGACCAAACAAUUAUCAUGCGACAAAUUGUUAUGGGAUUAAUCGAUGGGUUGUUUGAAACCCGAUUGCCGGCAACCCUUUGGUCCAAGUACAAAGAACUUCGAAACACAACAAAAAAAAUUUCCUGCCAGCCGAAUGAAUGUGCAUUCUGUAUUUUACGUGACGAGACCAACUCAGUCCUCACGAAUCCAUACAGUGCUAAUUGCGGUCAUACUUUCUGCUAUGCUUGUGUUAUGUCACGUAAAGAACUGAUAGUCGAUUUGAAAUGCCCUAUAUGCCAUGCCAAGAUUCAUCGUUGUACUCCAAGCACUCAUUAUGGCUAAACCACAUUACCAACCUCUCUUUAUUUAGUUAUUGAAUAAUGAUUUCGUUUCCAUGUGUGUGUCCU